AUGGAUAUGGCGGUGACAGGACAGCAAACUAAGAUCCGGACGCUUCUGUACGGCGGCGCAGACGUGAACGUGGCUAACGACGACGGAAACACGGCCCUUAUGAUGGCUGCUCGAAGUGGCCACGCAGAAUCCGUUGAUCUGUUACUGAAGAAUGGCGCAGAAGCUGAAGCCGUAAAUAACGACGGUGAGACGGCGCUGGUUGUUGCCGUUCGGAGUGGCGAUAGGGAGGCGGUCGGGACGCUUCUGCGGAACGGCGCGAACAUUGAGGCAAUGACCAAAGAUGGCGGCACUGCGUUUGACCUGGCUUCUGACGAGAUGUAUGAGUUCAUGGAGCGGGUACUGUUGGGUGUCGGGGGCCCACAGGAGUCGUCUUCCUGA